AUUUAGUUUUCAUCAGUUUUUUUUUAACCAAAAGUUACUUUUAAAUUUUUUUUUUAUUUUUUUUUUUGUGCCGAAACUUUUGCGCCGCUGAAGGAGGCGGGAUGGGGAGGAAGGUGUUCCUGGCCGUCCUCCUCUACCUCUGCCUGCGCUGGGUGCCUGCUCUGGGCGAAGCUGAAAACAAUUUCGAGGGAAUCGAGAGCAAGUUUUCCUUACGGACGCCUGCAGAGCCCGAUGAGGAUGUCUGCUACCUGGUGCCUGGGCAGGUGAACAGCCUGGCACAGUGCAACUUCAAUCACACCAGCAAAACCUUUGUGGUGAUCCACGGGUGGACGGUGACAGGGAUGUAUGAAAGUUGGGUACCAAAGCUUGUGGCUGCUCUGUACAAGAGGGAACCUGAUUCAAAUGUCAUUGUGGUGGACUGGCUAGUUCGAGCUCAGCAGCACUACCCAGUGUCUGCUGCAUACACUAAGCUGGUGGGAAAGGAUGUUGCUACAUUUAUUGACUGGAUGGAGGAGCAAUUCAAUUAUCCUCUCAACAAAGUCCACUUGCUGGGGUACAGCCUAGGUGCUCACGCUGCUGGGGUUGCUGGGAGCUUGACCAAGAAGAAGGUGAACAGAAUUACUGGGCUGGAUCCAGCUGGUCCUACCUUUGAGUAUGCUGAUGCCCCUACCCGCCUCUCCCCGGAUGAUGCUGAUUUUGUGGAUGUCCUACACACCUACACUCGAGGCUCUCCCGACCGCAGUAUUGGGAUCCAGAAGCCUGUUGGACACAUUGAUAUUUAUCCCAAUGGUGGGGGUUUCCAGCCAGGUUGCAACUUCGGAGAAGCACUCCGUCUGAUUGCUGAAAAAGGCUUUGGAGAUAUGGACCAGCUGGUGAAAUGCUCCCAUGAACGAUCCAUUCACCUCUUCAUUGACUCCCUCCUCUAUGAAGAAAAGCCCAGCAUGGCCUAUCGCUGCAACACAAAGGAGGCCUUUGAGAAGGGUCUCUGCCUGAGCUGCCGCAAGAACCGCUGCAACAAUUUGGGCUACAAGGUCAACAGAGUGAGAACAAAGAGAAACACCAAAAUGUACUUGAAGACCCGUGCUCAGAUGCCCUAUAAAGUCUUUCAUUACCAAGUCAAGAUCCAUUUCUUUGGAAAGACUAAUAUGACUAAGACAAAUCAGCCAUUCCUGAUCUCUCUCUAUGGCACUCUAGAUGAGAGUGAGAAAAUUUCCUUCACACUGCCUGAAGUCUCCUCAAACAAGACCUUCUCCUUCCUGAUUUACACAGAAGUGGACAUUGGGGACCUGCUUAUGCUGAAGCUGCAGUGGGAGAAAGACACUUUGUUCAGCUGGACUGACUGGUGGACUCCUUUUACAUUUGACAUCCAGAGAGUCAGAGUCAAGUCAGGAGAAACUCAGAAAAAAGUGGUGUUCUGUUCUCGAGAUGGCACCUCACGUCUCAGUAAGGGAGAAGAGGCAGCAAUAUUCGUGAAGUGCUCGGAGCAGCCCGUCAACAGGAAAAGAGGAGGUGCCAAGAAAGCCUCUAAAGAAAAUUCUGCUGAAGAAUCUGCCUAAGUGACAAGAAUAAAGAUUUUUCCAUGCUGGGGAGGAGGAGAGUCUGUUCAUCCCUGUGGACUGGAUGUUCAGUACCAAAUAUAUAGAAAUAUUUAUCCGCUGCUGGCUUUUUGCCUGCUAUUCCUAGCUAUCUUAAGAGACUUCUUGUAAGACAGUCUCAGCAUACAAAGUUACUAACCAUAAAGAUACAUUAUCCAAAUAGUAUAAAACAAAAACAAACCUGCAAAACAACUUGCCAAAGUCUUGAAGUGCUGAAAAGAAAUAAGUAAUUUUGCUUAAUCAUGGUGCCUUGUGACAGGGUUUCUUGACAUCAGAUCCUCUGUAGCAAUUUUCUAGUAUUUAUUGAAAAAAAACAAAGCCCUGUACCUGUGGUGGUUGGUUUAAUUUUUUUGUUUUGUUUUCAGGGUUUUUUUGUGUUUUGGGGUUGUUUUUUUUUUUGUAUUCCUUUCAGGAGUCUCUUGAAACUGGACAGAAUUUUUUCUGCUUUGGCUAACUGAAUUUUCAGGCAGUUCAGUGGUGAGAAUUCGUUGUUUUCAAAUGUGUUUUUAGCAAAUAAGUAGGUUUCUUACGUGGGAAAAAACCCAAACCCUUUACUCUGUGUGUUACUAGAAGGUGUGAGGGCCUGACUUAAUAUGGGGAUGAAUUUUUUAGUUUGUGGUCAUGAAUGUAUUUUUACUGGGGGUAGAUGCCAGUGCAGCUUAGCAAUAGGUAUGAUGUGUUAAGCUUUUUACUUCUAUGCAGCUUACCCUGGAAUAAAUAACAGUUGUAGGAGAAGGCAGCAAUACACCAGUGUCCUAUGCACAUUGAACAUUUUAUCUGUGCUUUCACUUGUUGAAAACAAAACCAUUUAGCCUCCAGCACUGUGAACAAGGAACUGCAGAGGAAAUGAGCUACCAGAAAAUGCAGGAAACAGAUAUAUUUCCCCCACCUCCUCCACCCACCCCACUUGCUUGCAUUCUGUAUGCCAAAACUGGGACAGUUUCUCUGCUCUUUGACACCCAGUGUCACUCAUGUGGCUGAGUCACUGGUGUGUGCAGUUUUCAGUGCAAGUGAAUCCACUGGGCACGUGACAAAACGUGCUCACGCUUCCCUGUACUGGAAUUGGGACUGCCAGUUUGUUUCUUGGCUCUGAUGUAGUACAAGGAGCUGCUUAGCUUUCUGACAUGAGAUGGAAUCCAGCAAGGAGCAGGAGCUGUGCCAGUCAAAGGGAGCCUGAUUGUGUGCUGCACAAAAAUGAGUGCUCUGAAAAAACACAGGAAUUAGACAUGCUGCCAGCUGACAAAAACAGGUAUAUUGAAGGCAUUCCGCUUCCCCAUUUGUAAGUAACAUGUAGUUUUUCCGGUGCCCUGGAAGGUGCAUUCGCCUUCUUCUAGCUUUCUAGAAGAUAAAAUCCUGGGGAGGUGGAAAGGCUUGAAAGUAGACACUUGAAGAAAUGUGAUGUGAGCUGUUGAUGCUGAGUAUUGUAGUCCUUUCCUGCAUGUGGAAGACAUCAUGGAGACGGUGAUUUCUCCAACAUCAUCCCAUCUUGAAGGCAAAACAAAGAUUUUGUGUGUGUUCAUGUGCAAAGUUUGUUACUUUUUUCCAACUGUAGCUGCUAGUAUAUUUGGGGAUAAAAGUCUUAAAGAGUGCAAUAUGUUGCAAUAUUAAUAGCUCUGAAAUCGCUCACAUUUGAUUUCCUAACCCUUAAUCUACAACAGAGAUGUGAUGAGUCACUGAGGGUGGGGUUGAGUAUUGAGCCACUGCAUUUGAGACCUCUAAAAAUAAAUAUAAUGAUUUGUUCCCUAUAGAUACCACAUGUUAUUGCAGUUGUCUUUUAAGAGUUAAAGUCAUUGAAAACAAAGUAUCUGAAUAGCUGUGCUCUUAAUACAGGAUUAAAUACAAACACGUUUAGGUCUUGGAUAAAAACCAGUGAAGGUUCUUUCAUGAGGAAACAUGAUUUAGCUCUGGAUGUUAUUUAUUAGCUGUAAAUAAGAUAUUUAUGAGUGUAAAGGUAGUUUGUAUAUAUUGCUAAAGUUGCUGACAGUCUCUACCUUAAUACAGUUGUGUAGUAUUAAUCCUGUAUAUAGCUUUCAGAGAUUUUUAUCAACCAUCCACUUACUCUGCAUUAUUUCCUAUGUGGUUACUACGUUUUUUAUUUUAAGAAAGCUCCUCAGUUUUGUAUAGAAUGGAAACCUAUGGUUUUAAUAAAAUUCUCAAACUGAUGCUGAA